AUGAAUGGAAUCGUGGUUCAGCUCCAGCGUCCGGUGGCAUGGUGCUACCGCCACCCCGCUCAAGCCGCUCUCGUGCUUCUCGGGGGUGGUGCGCUUACGCUUACCUUCGCUGCUCUGGCCACGGAACGCUGCAAGGCAGGAUGGUACCCACUCAUGAAGGUCGCCGCGUGCGCCGACCCAGCGAUGACUAACCCGUGCAUCCAGUGCUGGGGUCAGGAGCGUACCGCCAUGGUGCUGUCAAUGUUCCUGGGAUGGGGGGCUGCAGAUCACUGGUAUGCUCAUCAUUGGGCGCUUGCUACGCUCAAGACACUUCCACUCUUGACGAUGAUUGGCUCUCCCAUUCUCUGGGUGUUCCUGAAUGUUCAUACGAGUCCGGGGCCGGAGAAGCAAUGGUUGUUGGCUCUGCUGGUCCUUACCAACGUCUCUGCAAUCGUGGUCAAGCUGUGGUGGUUCGUUGACACCAUUAUCUGGAUGAACGGCGGUUACUAUGGCACUCCUGGCUGCCAAGCUGGGCACGGACUUUGGGAUCUCUUCGGCCUGUAG